CUGGUUCGCGACUCGCGAGUCCUGGACACCUGAAGUAGUGAAAUUUUAUACUAAUUCGAAAGUCGGAGCCUUACCUCUUAUAGUCUUAUGAUUUUAUUAAAUACAUCGUUUAUUAAACAUAACAUUAAAGUAGUAUAGAAUUAUUUUCAAAUUUUAGAAACUGAAGAAAUAUGGAAGUCGAUGAAGAAGAUGUUGAAGCUCCAUCAUCAAGUACCAGUAGCCGCGGAGAAAAAAAAAGAUUUGAAGUAAAGAAAUGGAAUGCUGUUGCUUUAUGGGCUUGGGACAUUGUCGUAGACAAUUGUGCCAUUUGUCGUAAUCACAUCAUGGACUUAUGUAUUGAAUGUCAAGCUAACCAAGCAUCAGCAACUAGUGAAGAAUGUACAGUUGCAUGGGGUGUGUGUAAUCAUGCUUUUCAUUUUCACUGCAUAUCUCGUUGGUUAAAAACUCGUCAAGUAUGCCCACUUGAUAAUAGAGAAUGGGAAUUCCAGAAGUACGGUCAUUAAAUAGUAUAGAAAUAAAUUUGGAACACACAUUUAAUCUACAUUUUUUUCAUUCUCAUAUAUGCAUUAUAAAAAUUGAAGUAUUAUAAAAUCCCCAUAAAAUUAAUAUUUAUAGAAAAGUAUUAAAUUGCCAAUCACUGAAUUUCCUUCAUAGUUUUCAUAUCAAACUAUUUAUUACCUUGUAAAAUAUUAAAUUUAAAACAUUAUUCAAUAAUAAAAUUUGUGUACUAUGAAGAUAAAAA